GGCUGAGGCGCAGGCAGCCACGGCUGCCGCCUUUGCCUUGCUCCCGCUCUCCUCCUCCCUGGGCUCCCUGCCUGCGGCCUCCCCGCACUGACAUGCCCCAGCAGCAGCCGCUGCAGCCCUAGCCCGCCCGCGGCCCCUUCCCCCGGCUCUCCGCGUCCUCCCGGAGGAGGCGAAGGCGCUCGGCUCAGGGGCUGUCAUCGCGCCUCCCCGAUGGGCAGCCUGCUGAGCGGGGUCAGCGUCAAGGAGCCCGCCACGGUGGAGGACUGCGACUCCACCUGGGAGACGGACUCCGAGCCCGAGCUGCAGGACCCAGGCGGGGACCAGCAGCAGGAGACGGUCGGUGGGGAAGAGCCAGCCCCGGAACCGCCGGCCCCGCUCUCUGCCGCAAGCGCCCGGCCCGAGGAGACCCAGCAGGAAGGGGAAGAGGUGGAAGGGGGCCGAGAAGCAGCAGCAGCCCCCGGCCCUGAGCAGAGUGAUGAUGCAACUGAGCUGACAACGAAACCAAAGAGGAGCUUUUAUGCAGCAAGAGACUUGUACAAGUAUCGACACCAAUAUCCACAGAACUUUAAAGAUCUCCGGUAUCAAAAUGACUUGUGCAAUCUCCGAUUUUAUAAGAAUAAAAUUCCCUUUAAACCUGAUGGAGUUUACAUUGAAGAAGUCCUGAAUAAAUGGAAGGGAGACUAUGAAAAAUUGGAACAUAAUCACACUUAUAUACAGUGGCUUUUUCCACUUAGAGAACAAGGUUUGAAUUUCUAUGCUAAAGAAUUAACUACAUAUGAAAUAGAGGAAUUCAAGAAAACAAAAGAAGCAAUUAGAAGAUUCCUGUUGGCUUAUAAAAUGAUGUUGGAGUUUUUUGGAAUAAAACUAAUUGAUAAAACAGGAAAUGUAGCUCGAGCUGCUAAUUGGCAAGAAAGAUUUCAACAUUUGAAUGAGUCCCAACACAACUACUUAAGAAUCACUCGCAUUCUGAAAAGUCUUGGUGAGCUUGGAUAUGAGAGUUUCAAAUCUCCGCUUGUAAAAUUUAUUCUCCAUGAAGCUCUUGUGGAAGACACAAUUCCCAACAUUAAGCAAAGUGCUUUGGAAUAUUUUGUAUAUACCAUUAGAGACCGAAGAGAAAGGAGACAGCUCCUGCGAUUUGCCCAACAACAUUAUACACCUUCAGAGCAUUUCAUCUGGGGGCCACCAAGAAAACAGAAGUUAGAGGGAAACAAAACAGGUAAAAAGCCAACAUCCCCAGUUUCUUCUCACAAUAGUUACAUUUCUAAACAUAAGAAAUGGAGAGAUUCCAAGAAUACAUCCAUAACUGGUAGCUCAAGUAGCAAAACAGCUGAAGAAAAAAAGGUAGAACUCACAAGAAAUGGAGAAAAAAGCGACCAGUGUGGAACAGAAACCAACUGUGAAGCUGCUAAGCAGAACAACAGUGAAAAGAACAGUGAUACUGAAAGUCAAAAUUCCAAAUCAGAGGAAGCACUCAAUUCGUCAGACAAAAAGGAGAAUAUUUCUCAUUCCAAAAAAGAUAAAGGAAAAGAUGGCGAAAAUCUGAGCCAAGAUUGUGGAAAUCCGACAGUUAUAGAGACAGAGCCAUGUGACAGUGAGAACUGUUCAAAUAAUGUAUCAGCAGACGUGCAAGACAACCUAGGUCAGGAUAAACCUCCAGUGGAAUCCACCAUAAAGAACAAAGAUGAGAUACAAUCAUGAGUCCAAAUUUAAAACUAGUUAUGUUUCAUACUGAAUGAAACAAAUAAUUCAUUGUUCUUUCAUUUUGGAUGAUAUUCACAUCUAGUGUAAUGUAAGGAAGAUCAUGGGACCAGGCUGGAUUUGAAAGCAUCAGAUUAAGUUUUUCAGGGGUUGAUUUUUUUUUUUUUUUUUUUUUUUAAUUUUAACUCAGUUUAUAGGGCACAAUCCAAAAUGGUUUAAAAAUAUGUAUAUGCUAAUUUGAAACAACCAUAUAGGAUUAAAUUCUAUACAUUCCCUUCUUCAGCUAGAUUGCCAUUCAUUUCUGAUAUCACUUUGUUCAUCUAUUAUUUAAAAAAUUGGAUUAGAAUGUUGGUGUUUUAAGAUUUACAGGAAAAGACUGCAAUAUUGAUUGCCUUUUUCAAUAUUCUGCAAAUUAUUUUUAAGGGCCCAGGCCUGCCAGUGUUUGAAGUCAGUGGAAGUCACGCAUGAUAUCCAAGGGAAAAAUUAGGUACAAAGGUUUUAAUUUUUUAAUGAGCAUUUUUGGCUGAGACUUUCUGAACUGGAUAUCAAAAUGUUCCAUUUUGUGAAGCAUCAUUUUAAAUUAAGUGGAAGUGUAACUCAUGAUUAAACUGUACAAAAUCUUAAUAUGUACAGUCCUUGUCACAGUUGCAGGGUGAGCUGUGCUUUAGAUCUCUUUCAGUCUCUCUCCAGUGUGUCCCUCUGGUGACAGGUUUUGCUUCUCCCAUCUACUGUAUAAAAAAGAAAAUAAAUCUGGUUCUGAGUUUUCAGUUGUUGGGCUCAGGAUUGUUGGGAUGUGAAUCCAAAAAGUUUAUAGUUGCAGAAAUAUAUUCUGUCAUUGUGACACUACUUGCACAUGCAAUAAUGACCAUCCAUCCAUAUUUAGACACCUAAAAUAAAAAUGGCCUGAUUUUUUACAGAAGUGCUGAGAACCUGAGAAUUAUCUCUGAAAAGACAGUCAAAAUUUUAGGUGCUUAAAUACAGAUUUAACUGCCUAAUUAUAAACACCUAAGAUUGAGCAUUUUGGUCAGGUCUCAUAAAGAUGAAAUGCAAUGAGAGAUUAAUUUCCCACAAAGUGUCAUGCUACAGAAAAACUAAUGUCUUUGUGCCUAAUAGCACUCCUGGGCUCCAUAAUGUUUGUUUUGUAACUUCACCAAUAAAGCAAUUCCUACAUGGGCACUUCAACAUUUAACUAAUAAAUGCCAUUAUAUGUAAAAUAUUAUGGUAUGUCAUAAUUUUCCUGAAGGAAGGUGGUAAAAGUAAAUAUAAUCGUGUUGUACAUAAUACACCUUAAGCAGAGGAAAACUCCUUGUUUCAAUUUUUGUAAAAAUUCCAAUUGUUUCAUGCUGUGACAGUAGACCACUAUUUAUAAGGAUGUUUUUGCCUCAACAAAGCAUUUCAAUAUCUAGCUUUAGUCUACGGAUAUGCUAUGGAAGAACAUCAAAAUUUGUCCCCCUAUUUUGGAAGUGGUUAAAGAAUAAUUCAGCUCAAGCCACAAUCCUGCAAUGUGGAGCCCCCUUGAAAUCAGUGGGGAUUCACGUGGAUGCAGGGGUCCACCUGCAUGCAUCUGCAUUGCAUUGAAAGAUCAGGGCCUUAGGGCUUGCCUAUACAGAGACUUUAAGAUAUAUCUGCACUACAGAAUUAUGUUGACCUAAGUUAUGUCGACGUACAGCCACCUCAAUAAUUAAAUCGCUUUUGCAUGUCCACACUAUGCUCCUUGUGUCGGCAGCCUGCAGCCUCGCCAAGAGAACUUGUGCUGAUUUAACUGUCAGUGUGGGGCAUUGUGGGACAGCUUCUGAAAGGCAGCAGCAGUCGAUAUAAGCAACACAAUGUCUACACUGACACUGCGUCGACAUAACUACAUCAACCUAAGGGCUAUGCCUCUUGCAAGUAGCGUGCAAGUUACGUCUAUGGGAGUAACAUUUUAGUGUAGACACUUACAGAGUUAGGUCAAUGUACAGCUGCCUUGCAUCAAUCUAACUCUGUAGUGUAGACCAGGGUGUAAAUCUGCUGUGUGUUAAGUUGCCAUGUGGACCCUGCUGCCGUUCACUAAAAGUUCCAUAGUGCACUUGACUUCUGCUGUUUCAAAUAUGUGCUUUCCAUUCACACCCUGGCUUGCCAUGCACUAAGUCUCUGUGUGCAUAAGCCCAUAGUCUGUAAAAGCACCUGCCAGAACUUGCAUACAUGAUUUUUAACACUUGGAUUUGGUUGGUUCAGGAUUAAAGGGCAAUUCAUGUUGAAAUUAUUGAAAAUGAUUGUGUAUUCAUAAAUGUAAGUAGUUAGUUAUUCACCAGUUAUUUCAAAAUCUAAACAAACCAUAACAUUUACCAAAAAAACAAGGAGUCCUUGUGGCACCUUAGAGACUAACAAAUUUAUUUGGGCACAAGGACAAGGUGCCACAAGGACUCUUUGGGUUUUUUUUGCUGAUACAGACUAACAUGGCUACCACUGAAACCUGUCACCAUAAAAUUUAUAGGUUACUGAACUUGUUUAGUCUUAAAUGUUUCGGACUUUUUUGUGUGCUUAGUACAGUAACUUGCUUCUGCCCAGUAUUAAGGGGAGUUUGAUCAGCUCAUGUAUAGAUUAAAGCGUCCUUCCCAUUUAGGGGUCUAUUUUCUAUUAAAUAGAUAUGUUUAACUCUUAAUAAUGUAACUAGGAGUUAUAUGCAUACAUAGACAGGUGGGAAUUUGAUUUAUACCGUAGUAUUUUAUUCUAAUAUCAUAUGAAGGGGCAUAUCAGUGCGUAACUUGACAAACUUUCUACUGGGUACACAUGCGCAAGUGUAGUAGUUUAUUUUACAAGUUCUGCAGGUAUGCUUCUCUUUGUAUCUGAAAUUGGAGUUACAGCUCACCUCCCCACCACCCUGAACCUAAUCCUGCCUCAAUACAUGGAAACCCUUUAACACAGAAUACAUAAAAACUACUACCCAGUAAACAAGAAAUGCAGCAAUAAAUGUGCAUAUGUCUAGGAGCAAAACAGUGUCGAUAUUUCUGGUAAUUAACAAACUUAUCCUGAAGGUUGCUGAGUACUUGCAAUUCCCCACUGAAGCCACUGAGGGUUAGGCUUGCUCAGUUCUUCUCAGGAUCAGACUCUUAAGAUUCUAAGGAUCCUAUGUACUAGCUGUUUGUAUAAUAUUAAUUUAUAUUUCAUGUUACCUAGAUAUAAUCCUGCUUGAAUUAUUAUUCUAGGGUAAUUCUAAUAAUGUACAGUUGCAUAUAUCUGUACAAUACAUGGAAAGUUUACAUCUGCAGUAUAGUUUUGAUGGAUGAUCCAAUAAGAUAAGUCAAUUGAGGUAUAAUAGAUUUAAAUGGAAAACGAGUCUUGUUUCUUUUAAAAUAAAGUGUAUUUAUAUCUGCUUAACAAAAUUAUUUUGUGAAACUUUUUUUCUAUUGAGACUGAGGGUUGUGCUGGUAGUGAUCCAUGCAAUGGGGUUUGGGGCAUUUUAUUUUUUUUAAGCUGCAUGUAAACUUACAUUAUAGCAUGCAUACAUUUAUAAACGUGGCUAGAGGAAAUGCUGGUUUGCCUCUAAAAGACUGAUCACAUGGUUACAGCCUUGUUUUGUGUGUGCAACAUACUAACUUUAACUUUAAUUUGGGGGGGAAAUGAAAACACAAAAAUUUUGCUUUUUUAAUGAGUUCUAAAACCAUUUUACACUGAUUUUUUUUAAAAUUCAGUAGCAUCUCUUAUUCAAAACUUGAUAAAACUUGACAAUAUUGCCAUUUAGAAGCUACAAAAACCCUUUAUUCUCCUUACAAAGGAAAUGAUGGUGACUUUUUUUUCCACUGGAAAAUGAAUAAUAAAUUAUAGUAAAAUUUAAUGGACUAGACUUCUUUCUGUUCAAGUGAAAAACACAACUUUAUUGUGCAUGUUUGUCAGAAGUAUGGAAAAUAUAAUUUUGAAUUUCAUUGACAACUGCUAAGUUUAUCUGGUUUACACUAGGAAAUCAGCAAUCUACCAGUAGCUUUCCCCAUUAAAUAAAUGGAAAGCAAUUUGUGGAUUAUACACUUUGACCUAUGAUAUCAUUUACUAACUCAGAACCUGCCACUGUACUCUAACAAAUACAUUAAAAGAAUAUCGUGGGUAAAGUGAAUGUUAGUCACCUUAAUUUUAGUGUACAACAACCUUGAUAAAUUGUAAUGAAAACUUACCCGCCCAGCAAAAUGUAUUAAUUUGUCCUUAUUAUGAUGAGGACCGUAAGGAUAUUUUACUUGACAGCCAGAAAAGGAUGACUCGCCUCUGGUGAGUAAAUAGUUACAGAACUGUUUCAAAAUACAGUGUUUAAUGAGUGAAGUAUUAAAAAUAAAAUUCCCUCUUCAGAACAAAAUUAAUAAUUUUAUUUGUCUAAUGGUGUAAAAGUAAUUACUCAAAGGCAAAGCGUAAUCCUAGCACAAAGCCCAGUGAGGUAAGAUUUAUGUUUUGAGAGAAUAGUAGUGGUGGUACUAUGGCACUGUUUAAACCAAUGUCAGAUCUCUUAGGUAAAAAAUUAGGGAUAGGAAGUGGGUGUAGAGUUGUGAUAAUGCAGAAGGCAAAGAUACAAUCCUGAGCAUGUGACAAGCGUAGUCCCCAGUUUAGGUAAUAGUGGUGACUGUCCUAGUACGUAUCUCCCGUUGCUAAUGCAGCUGCACAGAAGUAACUAUUUUACCCAAUCUAGGUGCUGAAUGCUGGACGGUUGAGGGUCAAGAAUGGUCCAACAAGGCCCAUUAAUAGCCACCUCACUGCCCACAUACUAACUCAUCCUCUUCUUAUGUAUAAUGGUACAAUUUGAGAAGAGCAGUUGGGUCAGGAGAGUGUGCAUGGAGAAGAUUUUGUGCAGGAUGCAGAUUGACAAGUUCACUGUGCCUCUUUGUGAACCUAAUAAGAUGCUCAAAACCCCUUCUCUCCCCCUUUUGAACCAUGAAAACUAGUGCCCUAUCUCCCCAUUAGUUUGUGAUAAUGUAUCACUACUUUGUGAUGGAUGUGCUGCAAAAUGAGGGUGGCUUAGCUACUAACAUCUAACUAAAUACAACAUUGCAGUGUAAUUUAGACCUCUCUCUCUGUGAUCAGUCUCUCUUGGGCACCACAUUAUCCUACAAACCAUUUUUUCUCACAUCAUAUGUUACUUGUACAGCUCAAAUCCUAAGAAUCAAAGAACAUGGGAAAGAUACAAUACACUCUUUGUUAAAAAACUGCUUUAUCCUUGAUACAUCUGAUGAAAAUAAGUUCUAAUCCGAUGCAGUCUGAAAAAUGUAAUUCAAAAUCAUAUGGAAAUCAAUUAAAUUGAGACCCCUGUGGUUUAACAUUUAUAAUCGCUUCCAUAUUUGUUUUAGAAAGCAUAAAGGUGUUUGCUGUAAAUGGCUGAAUAGAAGAGUGGGCAAAUAGUUCUAAAUAAUUUCUUAUUUCCUAGGGAACUCAGCACCUUUUAUUCUAACAUGCUUAUAAAUUUGAAAGUAUAUCCAUUAACUAGAUUAUACUGAAUGUGUUUACUACUGUAGUUAAUGAUGUGAAAUUUACUGUCUUCAUAGUAAAUAAGGUUUUAGCACUUAUUUUUGGAGGGACCUGCUCAGGGCAUGUUUGCUAGUCAUUAGUUAUUCCUUUCCUGUGACUUAACUUCCUAGUUGUUCGCUCUUUCUGAAUAAGUUCAGUGACAGAUGGUUGGAUGUGCUUAUGCACAAAUAAAAUUUGGACUUAAUGUGUACAUGGUUAUUAAAAUGUAUUUCAGGAAAAAGUGCAGUAAUUGUAAAAAAAAAAAAAAAAAAAUUUUUUUUUACUUGUAACAUGAAAUGGCAACAUGUUAUUUUUAAUGUAUGGGCCUGCUCUGUACUCUGUAUUCCUUUGCAGUGUUAAAUUACAGAAUGCUGUGCAUGUUUGUUAGUACCAAUACCAUAUGUAUGUGGUAGAAGUGGUAACCAGUUUCUGGAUUUGUAAGGUACUAUAAAAAUAUAUUUUAUAACUCUGUAAUGGUAUGGCAAUGUUUUAUGCCAAAAAUGUAUAAACAAAAAAAGCAAUAGUUUCUGUUGCUUAUUGCAGUAUUUUAAAUUAUUUGUUUGUAAAAUUAUAUACUUGGAGUUCCUUCCUUUCAGGUAAAUAUAUUUUUAAUAACUGCAGCCAAAAUCUAUAAUAACAAUAAUAAAGCCUCUUCACUUUAGCAGCA